AUGACCACGGUACGAGAAGGAGCUCGCAUGGCGAGCUCAUUGGGGCGGAGGCAUGUGCCUCUGAGGACAGGUUUAGUUUGUGUGCAGCGCUUUGCCUCGACCGAGACAAAGAAGUCCUCCGCUCUCGCAGAUCUCGACAAUGCUUCGUCUUUUGCGACAGGUUCUCCUGACGAAGCGGCUAUCCAGGCCUUCAAUUCUAGAGAAAAAGCUGCAGAGGCGGGGAAAAAGCUUCCCGGCAAUAGAUACCAAUACCAUCCUCCCAAGUACUACCGUGGUCCUCUACACCCCGUUCAGGUGCCCAAGUCCUCCGAUCCGACAGCUCGAGACUUCGUUCCCGGUCCUUUCAGCUUUCCUCGAUUAAAGCACACAUACGAAAGCACGAUUGCGCCAGAUCUGAUCGCUAUGACAUAUCAGCAUACCCCACCAGGUUCAGAAGUUCCUGUUUCCAACAAGGGUAACUUGAGAGAAUGGGACGAGUCUUCGCCUUACCACAAGAACCGACCUCGCCGAGGACCUCGAGGUGGCGGCUCUUCAAGGCUAGGCUUAGUCGAGCGCCCAAUUGAAUGGCACAACGUACCUGAUAUCGAGGCUAUCACUAUCAACUCAUUCGCUCCCAUGGGCGCCCAGAACAAGGAGUACCUGCACGUGUGCCGUGCUGUUAUCCAAGCCAUCUCUGGUGCCUUCCCUGAGGUCACACGAGUCAAGCAUGGUGUCGUUCAGUGGGGUGUCAGAAAGGGUGACAAGACUGGCUGCAAAGUGACGCUUAAAGGUGCUCAAGCUUACGACUUCCUUGAUAAGCUCAUUACUCUGGUCCUGCCUAAGAUCAAGGACUGGCCUGGUAUUGAUGCUACUACUGGCGAUAGUGCAGGCAACCUGGCGUUCGGUAUGAAGCCUGACUGGAUGGCAUACUUUCCUGAAAUCGAGUUCAACUACGACAUGUACCCUGCACGACUGAUGCCUGGAUGCGAUAUAUUCAUCAAGACGACUGGUACAUCAGAUAGGCAAGGCCGUCUUCUUUUGGAGGCACUCGGCCUCCCCUUCUAUGGCAAAGCUAGGCACUAA